AACCCCCGGGUUAACUCCUCAUCAGUGUGCGGCGCCUUUUCUCUGGACUGGUUCCUCCUCUCCGCUUACAGGUGAAUCUCUACGGUGUUUGUCCUUUAAACACAAGACAGGAAACGGAAGUGAGAAGGUUCCUACGUCGCAACGAGGGAACAUAGAGCUCUUUGUAAAUCCGCUACUCGCUCAGAUUCGUUUGGACUCCCGUUCGUCAAGUCACGCAGCAACAUGUCGGACGAGGGGAAACUGUUCGUCGGCGGUCUGAGCUUCGACACCGACAAUGAUAUGCUCAGGUCGGCCUUCGAGAAAUAUGGCGCCAUCGAAAAUUGUGUAGUCAUCAUGGACAGAGAAACGAGCAGAUCUCGCGGCUUCGGCUUCGUCACAUACGUGAACCCGGAGGACGCGAAAGACGCGAAGGACGCCAUGGACGGGAAGGACCUGGACAACCGCCAGAUCCGCGUGAACGAGGCGGGAAAAGGAGGUCGCGGCGGCCGAGGAGGAGGAGGAGGUGGAGGACGCGGCGGCGGCGGCUACGGUGGUGGUAGCGGCGGCUACGGAGGCGGCGGUGGCUACGGAGGCGGUGGUGGCGGCUACGGAGGCGGCGGCGGCGGCUAUGGCGGCAGCCGAGACGGUGGCUACAGCGGCGGCGGCGGCCGAGGGGGCUAUGGCGGCGGUGGAAACCAGAGCUACGGCGGCGGAUGGAGCUCCGGUGGCAGCGGCGGCGGAGGAGGCCGUAACUUCGACCGAGGCGGUUCAUAUGCAAGGCAAUAUGACGAAAACUAGGACCAGACGCAGCGGUUACCGGGAAAGCUACGACGGCAACGAGGAAACACCAUCCCGGUGCAUCUUGGCCCGGCUGCGUCUCUCAAACACGCGCACUCCUCAAACAAAGAUGUCCGCGUGAUUGCUGAGCUUCGUUUUUUUGUAAUUCUGUUUUUGUAGCUCGAAUAUCUUGAAAACAUGUACCAUUGAGUUUUUUUGUUCAUUCCUGAAAUAAACCAUGUUAACAAUUCCAUUUAAA